UGUACACUGAUUUCAUUCACAGCUGUUAGACAUAUGCAAAACAGUAAAAUUUGUUGUAAAAUAUUAUAAUAUUCUAUUUAGGAAUACUUACAGAAAUGGUGUAUUUUCUUGAAAAUGGAAUUGAUUAUAGUGUCAUAACUACAGUGGCUAUAUUUUUUAUCACAUUUUUCCUGGUUUAUAUUAACACCAGACGACAAAAAGGAGUGCCGCCAGGCCCAGCGUUAUUCCCUAUUGUCGGAAAUAUCCCGUCGUUGGCUUCCGAUGACACUCUAUGCAGAUUGAGCGAACUUCGGAAACAGUAUGGUGAUGUUUUUGGACUAUAUACCGGAAGCAAACUUCUCGUGUUUCUAAAUGGUUAUGAUGUCAUUCAUGACGCGCUGAUAAAAAAGGGAUCCAAAUUUAUGUUCAGAGCUCUACCAGCUUAUGACCAAGAAGAAGAUGUUCAUACUAAAGGACUGAUCUUUUCUAAGGGAGCAAUAUGGAGAAAUGGUAGAAAUUUUGUUGUAGCUACAUUACAAGAAAUAUGUUAUAAUGACAAAGGUUUUGUAGAACAUUUAGUAGAUUACGAGGUCAACGACUUGACAGAAACAAUUCUUAAAUUUGAAGAGCCCUUUGAUAUAGAACUCUACUUGAACUCAAGCGUUCAAAAUAUUAUAUUUCAAAUCGUUUAUGGACAUAGAUUCGAUUUGGAUGACGAAGAUUUGCACUGGUUUCAAAGAACUAUAAGAACCAAUUCAGAAAAGUUUUUGAAAACGGACGUGAUUUUAAACUGUCUUCCGUUUUUAGAACAUUUCCCUGUUGACAUUUUAGGUUUUAAAAAGAGCAGAAGUUCCUUUGAGAAGCAGUUAGAAUUUUUAACAAAAAUGAUAGAAAAGUUGAAAAACCGAAACGAAAAGGUUCACAGAAAAACUUUUGUAGAAUGCUAUUUAGAUCGAAUUGACGCGGAUAGAAACAAUGAUGUUGAAAGUACUUUCGAUGAAAGAGAUUUGAAAAUAGCAGCUUGCCAUCUUGUAAUAGCAGGAAGUGAAACAACUGCAUCGACGAUAAGAUGGAUACUUCUGUACCUCAUCAGAAAUCCACAUAUACAGGAUAAAUUGUACGCCGAAAUAACACACGUGCUAGGAAAAGAUCCCCCGACAAUUGCGGACAAAAAACGACUAACGUAUAUGCAGGCGGUUAUACUAGAAGGUCUCCGAAAUUCUCAUACGGUACCAUUGGCAAUGCCGCACACUGUUGAAGAAAACAUUUUAUUUCGUGGAUACCUUAUUCCCAAGAACUGUACAGUAAUUCCAAUGCUUAGCACCGCUCUUAAGGAUCCAGAAAUUUGGAAGGAUCCUGAAGAAUUUAUACCGGAAAGAUUUCUGAACGCAGAAGGAAAUGACGUGAUAGUUCCAAAAGAGUUCAUCCCAUUUUCACUUGGACCGAGGUCAUGUUUAGGGGAGACGUUAGCAACAAUUGAAAUAUUUCUUUUUUUGACAGGACUUGUUCAAAAAUUGGAAUUUUUACCGGAAAAGGAUGGCGUUAUCCCGGACCAAAAAGGAGAACUUGCAACCACAUUUAAUCCUAAACAUUUCAAAAUGAGAGUAGUGAAAAGAUAGGUUUUCAAUAGAAAUCUUUCCGUAAAUGUACAUAAAAUAUAUCUAUGUAAUGUGUUUUGUAUAACGAUAAUUGGUAUUCAGAUGUUUUAGUGUUCCUCCAGUCAAAUGUAUUUGUCAAGAAAGUCGCAAAGUUUCAAUAUACGAUAAAGGAAAAAAUAUGAUAAUUCGAACCUAGCGAGAUUGUACCUUAUAUCAGAGUUUUCGUCAUAUCCGAGUUUGUCAUAAGUGAAGACGCUGUAUGUAGAUGGUCACAAAGGAAAUGUUCACAGUGAUUGAUGCAUAUGAGCAAAAUUAAACAAGAGUUUGAUUUAAAUUAUUAAUUCCAAAACCAUUAAUUAUCACAAAAUUUGAUUUUUAUCGGGCGCAUUUUGGUUGACCAUGUUUGCGAUUCUAAAGAUAAUACUUGUAAGAGAUAUCGAUGGUCAUUAAGUAGAAAAUGUUAGUGUAAUGGUUAAGUUGACUGCCUAUCAGCAUUGAAUCAUGGCGCGUGCACUACCGUCUAGUAGAUAUGCAUUUGUCCGUAUAGCAAUAGGGAAAAUUUUAGAUUUGAUUUUGUGCAUUUUUUUUUGUUUUAACAAAAUCACACUGUUUUUAAAGUUUCUAAUAAAAAUAGCUUUUCUGAUGCACAACAUGUCACAGAGCUUUCAGGUAUUACAAUAAACGUUUAACUGAAGUUAUAGUGUCAUGUUUGAAUAUCAUAUU